CCAUGGAUAAGCAGAGAAUGCCUGGCAGAAAGUUUGGGUCAAGUUGCUGGAAGCAAGCAAGAGGCACACAGGUAUCUUCAUUCACAGAGGAUGAGCCAUUCCUUUCUGAAAUCAUGGAAAAGGUUCAGGACAUCUCCCAGGGACAAGGAAAGGAGGAAGGGUUUAUUUCACGAGCUGAUACACAGAAAUUGGCAGCAGACUUACCUUGGAGCACAGAAGAACUGGAGCUUGUUUUUGAUGGCCUUGAUGUUGAUGGCAAGGGCUAUGUAGCCACCGAAGAGUUCACAGACGCACUUAGGUGUUUUCUGAACUCAGAGCCGGUGACAAGGCAGCACCGAAGGAGGAAGACAGUUUUAAUAAGGACCCCUACCAACCUGUCACUGGAGGAAACUAAUACUGAGGAGCAAAAAUGCUUUGAGUCCUUCACAAACCAACAGGGAGCUGACAAAAUCUUUGAAGAACGAGUUGCUGAUCACAACAAGAAGGUGCAACAGUUUUAUGAGGAAAUGGAACAGCAAAUAGAGAGGGAGGAAGGAUGGCUACAUUCUGAGAGUAAAACCCAAAGCCAAUUCCACAGUGUGGAGAUGAAAAAACUGUUGGAUGUCAGGGAAAGGGAAAUACGGCAUUUCCUUACUGUUCAAAAAGAGCUCGAGAUGCAGUUAAUCAGUCUAAGGGAAAAGCAGCACAUGACUACUACCCAAACCCAGGAGCUCAAGCAAGCCAAUGUUGCCCUUGAGAACCAGCUGCAACAAACCCUUCAUCACCUUCAAAAGCCUCGAAGGCAACUGGAUGUCAUGAUGGGUAGACUAUCCCAGAUGCAUAAAGAAGAGAGGGCACCCGAUGACAUGGCAUCAAUGACCAAGGCUGACUCAGAGUCCAGAACAAGAGUGAUCUCCAUUGAAGAGGAUCCUUGGGCAGACUCUGUUGUCGAAGCAGAACAAUACUUUCCCCAGGAGGCUUUGGGCCAAACAUCUUUACUUAGAGAGCUUCAUGAUGCCAUAGCAGCACUGAGCAAGGUGUCUGAAUCAUAUGAACAACCAAUAGAUUACUUUGGUUUUCAGGGACAGAUGCCUUUGGAUCAAAUUAGGCAGAAUGGAAAUUCUCAGCAAAAUAUAAUGCAGGAAAAAAUACCUCCAUACGAUGCUGUCUCAGGAAACUCUGAUCCAUGGAAGAAAAUUUCUGAAACUCUUACUGGCCAGGCUACAUCACAAGGAGAUAUUCUUCUUAAAGAAGGACUAACUCAUGUGCAGGUCAGUCUUCUGGAGAUGAAGCAAGCAAACAUUUCUGAGCCAAGAAUGGAAGUCAAAACUCCAGAGCCAAAACAGGGAGGAAGUCUUCUUGUUCCUGAGGUCCCAUCUCCUGUUUAUAAAGAAGUGGCAAGCCCAGCCAGUAAGGAGGGCUCAAUACAAGGAGACAGUCUCAUUUUAAAGCAGGUAAUCCAACCUGAACUUCACAAGCAAGUUUUAAAGUGCAGUGAUAUCAGCCAGACUCAGUGGCCAUCUGCUGAUUCUGAGCAGAGAGUGCUAAAGCAAUCUUCAGAAAGGAAAAGAUCAGAGAGAAAGUUUCCUGGAUCCCGACACCCCCCAGUGAAAGUUAUGCUAUCUGCUCCUUCCCCACCCAGUAUAGCUCUCAAAUUGGAUGUAGGAUGUGAGCCAGAGAUUUCACUUUUGCAGAACAGCCAAUUAGAGAAUAUGUCUGAAUUGGAGAUGCAGGCACAAACUAGUGAGGGAACAGAAAUGCCACUCUCAGAAGACAAAAGAGAAGAAUGGAUUGACAUGCCUGGGGGUAAGAAGAGCCAAGAAGUCAGACCAGAAAUGGAUGAGGAAAGAGAAGAUAUGGGCACAAAAGAAACUUCUAAAGGCACUGCAGCUGUUUGCCUGCAUCCAGACCAUGUGUAUAAUGUGCUCUUUGUUGGAAACUCCAAUGUUGGGAAAACAUCUUUUUUGUACCGAUUACAAGAUGAUUCCUUUGGUGCAAAUAUGACUGCAACUGUAGGAAUGGACUAUCGGAUCAAAAACCUCUUUGUGGAUAACAAGUGCUUUGCUUUACGGCUCUGGGACACGGCUGGCCAAGAAAGGUACCACAGUAUCACCAAGCAGUUCUUCCGAAAGGCUGAUGGAGUGGUGUUGAUGUACGACAUCACCUCCGAACGCAGUUUUGCAGAUGUGCGGUACUGGUUGAAUUGUAUCCAAGAAGGAGCAGGAAAUGAAGUUAUCAUCCUUCUGCUUGGUAAUAAAACAGACUGCAUUGGAGAAAGAAGAGUGUCUGUAGUCGAUGGUGCAUACUUGGCUAAGGAGUAUGGACUCUCAUUUAAUGAAUGCAGUGCGGCCUUAGGUCAUAAUGUGAGUGAAUCCAUGGUCAAAUUAGUCAGGUUGCUGAAAACUCAUGAAGAUAAGUUUAAACAGAAGAUUCUAGAGCUUCCAGUGCCGCCUAAAAAGAAAAGAGGAUGCUGCUCAUAACCAAAAGGCAAAAGAUGAAAAUGAAGUUUUGAGAGCCAAUGACUCUAAGCAGGUUCUUGUGUAAGCCAGAUGUGGGGAACCUUGGGCCUUCCAGAUGCUGCUGAACUACAACUCCAUCUUCCCUGGCCAUUGACCAUUCUUGCUAGGGCAGAUGAGAGUUGUAGUUCAGCAACAUCUGGAGAGGGAAAUGUUCCCUACCCCUAUUGUAAAACAUCUUGACAGCUGGCCAGAGAAGAAACCUUAGUUUAGCUCAUACCAAUAUUUCCCCUUGCCCAAUAUCAAGCAAGUUGCUCUAAGCAUUUCUCCUUUCUGCUUCCACAGAGAAGGCUCAAACAUUUUUGGUGUCUGAACCAAAACAUCCAAAAGUUGGCUCCGCAAAAUAAUGAUGAUGAUGAUAAUGAUAAUUUAAACAAUGGGCACUUUGCUGCCUUGUAAUUAUACUUCAAAAAUCUGCCAUUAGAGGCUUCCUCAUGUAGCCUAAUGGUGGGGAUGGCUCCUGUACUCAUACAAUCAUUAGGUGCAUGAUAGCUGUUGGGAAAGUGUUGGGAAAGCCUACAUUUGUUAACUCCCAACCAUCACGUGUAUGGUUCAACCUUUUGUGGACUAUUGGAAAUAUUCAAGGACCCAGGAAUCCCAUUUCAUAAUUCCCUAAAGAUCCCUUCUUUAGAGCUGGGAUGGUUAACCUGUGAUCCACUAGAUGUUGUUGGACUCCAACUCCCAUCAGCCCCAGCAAGCACAGCCAAUGGUCAAGAAUGGUGGGAGUUAUAGUCAGGCAACAUCUGGUGGUCCACUGGUUAACUCUUCUGCUGUAGAACAUACCAUUCUCUUCUGUGCCCAGUUCAGCACAUAAUCUGCAAAGAUCCUCUAGUUAGGGACCCACACUGAUUCAAUUCACUUUCUUGAAUUGCCCAGGGAUCUGUAUAUAAUUCAAAAGACACAGCUUGGCCUUUCCCCAAAUAAAAUUUAACAAGUUUUAGUACAGAGCCCUCCCCAUUUAUUAUAUAAGAUUUUUGGACCCUCCAUAGUUUCAUUUGGAUUGUAAAGAAGAUCUUAAUAUUGGAAUGUUGUCUCUGUA